AUGCAUUGCAAGUUCAGUGAAGGCCAAACUGGUGAUAGGGAAGGAGUUAGUUUGAAUGGAGUGGCACUGUCCCAAAGUAAUCACUUUAAAUAUCUAGGCUCAGUCCUUCAAGUAGAUGGGGGAUGUGAGGAGGAUGUUAGUCAUAGGAUUAAAGCCGGAUGGUUGAAGUGGAGACGUGCCACGGGAGUUUUAUGUGAUCGUAAGAUUCCCAAUAAAUUAAAAGGAAAAUUUUACCGUACAGCCAUACGAUCGGCUAUGCUAUAUGGUAGUGAGUGUUGGGCACUGAAAGAGUCCUACGCAUCUAAGAUAAGAGUUGCAGAGAUGAGAAUGUUAAGGUGGAUGAGUGGCCAUACUAGACUAGAUAAAGUCCGUAAUGAAAGUAUUAGAGAAAAGGUAGGAGUGGUGCCAAUUGAAGAUAAGUUGAGAGAAGGGAGAUUGAGGUGGUUUGGUCAUGUGAAGCGUAGACAUACGGAGGCUCCAGUUAGACAAGUAGAGCACAUUAGGCUAGAGGAUAGAAAGAAAAAAAGGGGUAGACCUAAAUUGACUUGGAGGAGAGUAGUACAGCAUGACUUAGAAGCAUUACACAUUUAUGAGGAUUUAACCCAAAAUCGUUCAGAGUGGAAAAAGCGAAUCCAUAUAGCCGACCCCAAAUUUUUGGGAUAA